AUGAACAACAUCCAUCACCACGAAAUAUCUGAAGUGUUAUUUAAUCAUUUACCUAAUCAACGAAAAAUUGAUUCACAAAAUAAAACAGAAGUUCUGGAGUUGAUGAAAUUAAGAGCUAAUAAAAAAUUAAUUCAACAUUCGAUGCAAAUAAAAACUGGUAAAAUUAUAACCCUCAAGGAUCUUUCAAAUAUAUAUACUACAGGAAAAAUAAGCAAUGACAGCAGUUUACAAGAUAUUGUUCAAAAGCUACGACAUAAGCAUAACUGUACUGUUGAAAUUUCUGUAGACAGUGAAGACAAUUUAGUUGGCUUGUUUAUUCAAGAUUCAAUAAUGCAAAACAUAUUUGAAGCUUUUCCAGAGGUUGUAUUUGCUGAUGCAACGUACAAAUUAAACAAUUUGAGAAUACCAUUGUAUCUCUUAAUGGUUGAAGAUGGAAAUGGAGAAAGUGAAGUAGCGGCAUUAGGUUUAAUGACAAAUGAAGAAAAGGACACAUUACGUUGGUUUUUUGAGACAUUCAAAAAAUUCAAUAGUAGCAGUGAAAAUAUAAAACUGUUUAUGACUGAUAAAGAUAUGACCGAAAGACAAGUUAUCAAAGAAAUCUUUCCUAAUGUUAGCUUAGCUAUAUGCCUUUUUCAUGUGUUAAGGACAUUUAACCGUGAAAUAACUUGUGAGAAACAAAAUGUAUCGCCUGAUCUAAGAGAUCAAUUAAAACAAGUUUUUGAAAAAAUGUGUUAUGCUCAAUCUGAGGAUGACUAUAACUUAUUAUUUCAACAGUUGGAAUCUACAGCACCAAAAUCGGUCUUUGAAUACUUUUUAAAGAAUUGGCACCAUAUUAGGCGUGAAUGGGUUACUGGACUAACAUUUCACAGUGGAAAUAUGUUAAACAAUACUAACAACCGAUUAGAGUCCUUUAAUGGAAAAUUAAAGAGCGUAAUACCAGUUUUUUCAAAUAUUGAUGACUUUGUGGAUAAACUGUUUAUUUUAUUGAAGUGCUUGAGACUGGAGCGUGAUAGAAAUGCUGUAAAAAUGGUGCAAAAAUUGUCGGCAUAUAUUCAAUGCUAG